UGAGCGGCGGCGUGACGCGCCGCGUGACCGGCGCCGCAGCAGACCUCGGCGGCGGCAGAGCGCAGGUUGGCUAUCGUGGCACACGGUAGAGCGGCGCGAGCAGCAGCGCAAUGGACGCCGGCUGGGAGCAAGCGCUGCGGCUCAAAAUGGAACAGCGGAGCCUGAACUUCUGUGCCCUGGAGCGGCGGCGGCCCCAGGAUAUGUUGGAGGACGCCGAGGAGCUCGGCCGCAAGAAGGCCGCCCGGGUGAGUGUGCCCAGCAGGAGGGCCUGGACGAGCCUCUGCGGGAGACGUGGUGCCCGGGAUUGCAGUCCAAGCUGCGGACGCCCCCGCCCAGGAGCCCGCCGCUUGGACUGGGAUCGAGGGCACCACCGCUUCGGCAGAGACCCCAUGUCGCACCGGAUCAUCGAAAAGCGGCGCCGAGACCGCAUGAACAACUGCCUGGCAGACCUGAGUCGCCUCAUUCCAGCCGUCUACCUCAAGAAGGGCAGAGGCCGUAUUGAGAAGACUGAGAUCAUCGAGAUGGCCAUCAAACACCUGCGGCACCUGCAGGCACACUCCUGCAAGGACCCCACCACCUGUGAGGUAGUCCAGAGGGUGGACAGCGAUCACCGGCUGCAAUACCGGCUGGGAUUCCAGGAGUGUCUCUCGGAAACGGCACGCUUUCUUGUGGAUCUGGAUGGCGCGGGAGACGACAUGUGCCUGCGUCUGGUUACCCACCUGCAGAAGCACUUUGACAAGAUCUCUGGAGCUGGGCCAUGCUUUCCAUCGGGCCUGAUGCUUUCUGAUGAGGACACUCCGACAGAACCCGAGCCUCUUCUUGAGCGGCUAAGAAACAACCCGGAUCGCCAACCAAAGCAGGAACCGACAGCCCCACACCCAGACAACUCAUGUUCGUCCUCGUCAUCCUGCUCUUCUGUCAGUCAGUUGAGAGAAAUGUUGCAGAAUCCGGGUCUCAGUGUACAAGAGGUCAUGCGGCGCUCAGACUACCUACUCCCAAAGCCUAUGUCUGUGACCCCAGCCCCGAGUGAGGAGACCUACAAGUUCAAAAAUGACAUCAAGGACCGCUUCCACAAAGAUGCCCAGUGGGGUACCGUUGAACGGAAUUCAACCCCUGUUGAAGAGCAGCGGCGUCACUCCCAUACCCAGGGACCACUGGCGCCUGCUCCGAGCCCUACUAGACUAACAGUAUCGGCACCUCCUCCCGAGGUUCCCCCCGAGCCAGCCGGCAGCCCUGCGCCACCCGGUGUUGCUGCGUUUGCAUUGCACCCACGGGGCGCAUACUACAUUCCCGUGACCCUCGACCCCACGCUCAUUGGACCCGCCUUUGCGUGCAUGGGCGAUGACCCCAGCCCUCUGCACCCAGUCAGCAUCUCGGUGCACUUUGGCAGGCAACGUGUUCUUGGACCACCCCCAUGGUCACAGUGCCCCUGGCGCCUCCGCACGGGCGAGCCGAAUGGUUAUGCCUGAUGGACACCUCUCACUUCUAGGUGAUGCGUUGCGUACAGAGUGCACAGGCUAGGUUUUGACUUUUGAGGAGGAGCCCAAGUGCCCGGAGAGAUGUCUAACAAAAGAGAGGGCGCUUCUUGGCAGGCCGAACACGUGUGAUCACAUUGAAGCAUUAGCUCCACCAUUGUUUCAAACUAGCCACGGGCUUCAUGGCCCUGUUGCAUUUGCAUACAGACACACAGUCAACAAUGUUGGUUGUACAGCUUUAUAAAUGUUUUUUUCAGUUUGGGGGCACAAGUUCAUCACUGCACGCGGCAGCCACUGUCCUAGAGAUCUCGACAGGGCAGGAAACAUCCAGUCAUUUCCUGCAUACACCAUCUUCUCACAUUUUUUCUUCGGAGGCGUUUUGCCAUCGAAGUUAGUCGCAAGGCAUGCACCUCUUCUCUGCAUUCCUUGUUGCCUUGAUCAACACUGUGAGGCAAGCAGUCCCCGCACUCUGUACAAAAUGCAGAAGCUAGUCCAGUUCAUUAGCCCUGUGCCUUCCUGUUCCCAUAUUUUAUUUUAUUUUUGGUCCCUGGAGAGGAAACCAGUUUAACUUAUUGCUCCCUAUUUAUGCUGUUGUUGAGUUUGCCGAGUUUAUUGUUUGCGAGUGCAUGUUCACCAAUAAAGGCAGCCCUGUUGGA